AUGGUGAAGUACUUUUGUUUGGAAAAGGACUUUUGCAUUUGGAAGAAAAAGACCUUUACUGGCCGCCCUUUGGCUGCUUUGCAUGCACUGCAUGCAGCCCCAAACUUGCAUGCAGCCCCACAACUGCAUGCAGCCCCAAACGUGCAUGCAGCCCCCAACUUGCAUGCAGCCCCAAACUUGCAUGCAGCCCCCAGCCUGCUGGCCCUCUACGAGGGGGGGGGCCUCCUGAGUUUGUGGGACCCGGAGGCCCCCGCAGACCCUUUUCUGACCUUCUCCAUCAAGCCCUACUUGCUGCAGCAGCAGCAGCAGCAGCAGCAGCAGCAGCAGCAGCAGCAGCAGCAGCAGCAGCAGCGGGAAGAAGUGCCCACUUCUUUGACUUUUUCCCCCGACGGCAACUUCUUGCUGCUGGGUACUGACUUGGGGCGCCUUUUGGCUUUUAGUACCUUCUCGGGGGCCCCCGCGGCCCUUUGGGGGCCCCCGGGGGGCCCCCCGGCCUUCUUUGGCCGCCCCGUGGACAGCCUGGGGGGGGCCCUUUUGGGGGCCCUGGGGGCCCCCUCGCUGCUCAGCAGCAGCAGCAGCAGCAGCAGCAGCAGCAGCAGCAGCAGCAGCGGGGUCUCCCGAGAAGGCUUUAUUCAUGCUGCUGCUGCUGAUGGCAGUACUGUCUUUAUGGGCAACAAAGAUGGAUGGGUUUAUGCCUAUGACUUGAAAGCAGCAAACAACCCGGGGGGGGCCCCCCAGGGGGCCCCCCAGGGGGGCCCCCCUGGGGGCCCCCAGGGGGGCCCCCAGGGGGGGGGGACCCCCCCGGAGGGCCCCUGGGAGGGGCCCCUGGGGGGCCCCUGGGGGGCCCCCAGUUCCAGUGUUGCAGACGCUGCAGCCACUGCAACGCCAGCUGCCGCUGCAGCUGUAGUUGCUGCUGCUGCUGCUGCUGCUGCUGCAGCUGACCGUCUUGCUGCUGCAGGGGGCGAGAUAAAUAGACAGCAGCAGCAGCAAUGGCAGCAGCAGGAGGAACGGCAAUUGAGAUGA